GUUCCUUCACUGCCAUCGCUGUGCUUCAGCCGUUAUGACACUCGAAUGUUUUGAAACUGAAAUUUAACACUGAAUAAAGUAUUUUUGGGAAAGAAGAUUGGAAGGAAAAAAUAUUGUACCGUAUACCCCAAAGGAGACAGACAUCAGUGAAAAAAGAAGAAUUGUGUUGCAAGAUGAGUAUCGACGGUAGAAUGUUUUACAACAAGUUGUGUGAUUUGCGCCCGGACUUGUCUUCGAAAAUUACGCCGGAGAUGCUGAACAAAGUUUGCGAUGAUCCUGGUACACAACCUUUUUUGGAGUGGUUCUGCAAGAACGUGAGCCUUGUCAAUGUUCUGUCCAAUGAAGAGACAAAAUUAAAAAAUGUAUUGCAGGAUACAGAUGAGUGGUUAGAAGGUGAAGCAUUGGAUGCCGCAUUAGAAGAAGCUACCAAAGACUGUCCAGAUUUGCUGCAUCUUGUCAGUUUGGAUGAUACACAUAAGGAAGACUUGUUUGAGGAAUAUAAAACGUUAAAGGACUGUUGUAGAGAAGAUGAAGACUAUCUUGAUUCAUUGAAGCAGAGUGUAAAAAAAUUGAAAGAAAUUAAGAACAAGCUGGACGAUGAUAUUGAGGAAGCAGAAACCACGCUGGACAAAGAACGGAUCGAAACAGAAAAAUUGUAUUACAACUGUAGUGUAGUUCUGAAGGAAUUUGAUAAAGACAUUUGUCAAUUCUCCAAAGAUGUCGAUGCUUUGUUAAAUACAUAUGCUGAUGCUGCUAAAAAUCAAGGUGAUGCAGCGUUGCUGUCACAGAUGCCCAUAGACUUAUUUCUUAAACAGAUAGAACUUUAUAAUCAUUAUUUGGGUAUCCACAUAAGGAAACAAUUUGGAAACGCUAACAACAAAGAAGAGCAGGAUGAGGAUUCUGAUUAUGCAUCUCUAAUAAACAACAGUAGGGAGAAACAGGUUGAUGAAAGAAUGCAUGAAUUGAUUUCAUGUAAGACAAAUUUGACAAAUUCUAAAAUAGAAGAGAUCAAUGCUCACAUUCAAGUAGAGUCCUACAAAGCAAUGUUGCAAUGCAUUCAAGAUAUUUAUAACGGCGGAGUCCUGAAGAUACCUGGGGACGGUAAAAUAUGGGAUAAGAUGCUGACGUUAAGUACGGAAAGGGACAUUCUGGAGCAGAACGUCGAACUUUUGCGGGAGCAGCAGCUUUCAGAGAUAGCGCAAUUCGCGGAAAUGGAGACGAUGAAGAUUCUAAAGAACGACGCGCUUGCUCGUCUCGAACGGAGGAAGACUCGUCUCGAGAAGCUCAAAAAUUUAUAUCGCCUUGCGGGAGAGCACGGUCAUGUUCACGUAGAUUUGCUGUACAUAUUAAUGGAAAUGCAAUAUCGCAAGCUCCGCGAAGUCGCCGAAUUCAUCGCCGAUGCUCGCUAUUACAUCACCACAGAAUACAAGCUUUCUUCUACGAGAUGCGAAAUUAUGCGACAACAACAAGACGAGUACGCGACCAUUCUAAUGGAAUCUCCGAAAACUUGCAAUGCGUUCAACCAAAUCUUCAUCAACAUGAUGGCCGGUAACUGUUCGGACCAGUCGCUUUCUUCUGCGUUGAAAAAAUACGACGACUUGAUAGUUGACAACGCAGACAAGAAAUUGAUGUUGGAAACAUAUCUGGAUAAUAAGAUUGAUAAAUUAGAAAAAUUAGCAAACCUAGUUAACAAGGAUUAUAUGGCCGAGAUACAAAACGAACCAACAAAUAACUUAAAGCCAAUUUCAUAUCAAAUUAGUACUGGUUACGAGGAAAUGUCUGCUAACGUUCAAGAAUUACAAAUGGAUGUUAAUAGAAUCAGAAACCAAUUCAAAGAACGGAUGAAGACCGACGCCAAACUUGAACGCGAGAAGGAUAUCUUAUGGCAGAGAUUCUUGGCAGACCCAGAUACACUAAGAAUGAAAUAUGAGGAAAUAAAGCAAAGAGCAAAUGAUACUCACUUUGGCGAUACUUUAGAGAGUAAGUCAAGUUCUUAAACUAAUAGAUUAUACUUGGAAUAAAAUGAAACCAAUACCAUGUAUUUCUGUAGUGUGACAUCAUAAUUUUUAUUAUAAUUCUAUUAGGACAUGAUUUUUAAUGUAAGGAUAAAUAAAAGAUCAGAGUAAAAAUGUCA